AACAGGAAUAGUUCUGAUGCUGUCCCAUCUCUCAUGUUGCCAUUUUUCUUUCUUCUCACAGUUGUCACAUUUAUAGCAACUGACUCAGUCACUGACGAUGAACAUAUACAGUAAGCAGAUGGCAGAGCAGUUCCUGAGUCAGGCCCUGGGCAUCAUCUGCCUGCUGACUGGAGAGGAAUAUGCUAUUGUGAAGAAGAGGUCCUCCCACAGCAGCCUUCACCGGCAGAGCAGAGAGGUGCCUAUAAAGUGUGAUGAUGUUGCCGUGUAUUUCUCUAUGGAGGAGUGGGAGUAUAUAGAGGGACACAAGGAGCUUUACAAGGACGUCAUGAUGGAGACUCAUCAAGCACUAAGGACUAUGGAGAUACCAAGAAAUGAGAGCUCAGAACUAUCAGGUCACAGUGAUGAAAAUCUAGACACAGGAGAACAUGGAGAACUUGUACAGAAUAUUCAGCCAUCAGAUGUCUCUGCAGAUGACAUUAAUACUGACAUAGAUGUUAAAACAGAAGAUCUGAGUGUAACGUGUCAGCUGGAAGCUCCAAUGCAGGAAAUGUGUUACAGCGACAAUGAAGGUGAAAACGAUGCUAAGAUUUUGCAUACUACAGAAGAAACAGAAGAUCAGUGGCUAAGAAAUGUGCCUGAAUCUCCACAGCAAAAAAUAUGUGACAGUAUUAAUAUAGAUGAAUUUACAAACUUCAAUGAUCCUGGUCAUGGCGAAAGUGCUGAUACUUCUUUCAAUUUUCUUCAAAACCAAAGAAGCCACAUGGGAAAUUUAUAUUCUGAAUCUGGAAAAUAUUUUACCUUGAAAUCAGCUCUUACUAAUCACAUAGAAAUUCAAACAGAAAAGAAAGUAUUCUCAUGUUCUCUCUGUGGGAAAUGUUUUACUCUGAAAUCAUCUCUUAUUAGGCAUGAAAAAAAUCAUACAGGAGAGAAAGCAUUUUCGUGUGCUGACUGUGGCAAAUGUUUUACUUGGAAAUCAGAUCUUAUUAGGCAUCAGAAAAUUCAUACAGGAGAGAAAGCAUUUUCAUGUUCUGACUGUGGUAAAUGUUUUACUCAGAAAUCAAAUCUUAUUAUUCAUCAGAAAAUACAUACAGGGAAAAAAGCAUUUUCAUGUUCUGAAUGUGGGAAAUCUUUUACACUGAAAGGAUAUCUUGUUACGCAUCAGAAAAUUCAUAAUAAAGGUCAUCAGUGAAAUCAUA